AUGGAUUACCACCACCUUAUACUGCUGUGGACCUGCAGCCUUCUGCCAGAUCUUCAGCUCUGUUUCAACUUUGACAUGAAGAACUUUAAAGUCUUCUCUGGUUCUCAAGAAACCCAGUUUGGAUACACAGUUCAGCAGCACGAGGCAGGAGGACAGCAGUGGUUGCUGGUUGGAGCUCCCUUUGAAUCCACAGGAAAGCAGCAGACUGGUGAUGUGUACAGAUGUCCGCUGGAUACCAGAACCUCUGCAAAUUGCAGUCGCCUCAAUUUGGGGUCACUUUCUCUGGAAAAUCUGUUUGAGAGGAAAGACAAGAUGAGGCUGGGGAUGACGCUGACAUCCAACCCUAAAGACAACAGCUUUGUGACCUGUGGGCCACUCUGGUCUCAUGAAUGUGGAAGCUCGCUGUACAGCACAGGAAUCUGCUCCAGAGUCAACCAAAAGUUCAGACUGUCCCACACUAUUGCACCUGCCCUACAGAGGUGUGAGACAUUAAUGGACAUUGUGAUUGUUCUGGAUGGUUCUAACUCCAUUUAUCCUUGGUAUGAGGUUCAGGACUUCAUCAUAAACAUCUUGCAUAAGUUCUAUAUUGGUCCUGGUCAAACGCAGGUCGGCAUUGUUCAGUAUGCCUCCACAGUGGUCCAUGAGUUUACCUUGGAUGAGUACCAGACAGUGACGGAUGUGGUGGAAGCUGCCAAGAACAUCAAUCAGAGGGGUGGAGAGGAGACAAGGACAGCACUGGGCAUUAAUGUGGCACGGUCAGAGGCAUUCCAGCGCGGUGGCAGGCCAGGAGCUCAUAAGGUGAUGAUUGUGAUCACUGAUGGCGAAUCUCAUGACAGUCCUGAGCUGGUGCAGGCUGUCACCGACAGCGAGAGAGCCAACAUCACCAUGUAUGCUAUUGCUGUUUUAGGUUAUUAUAACCGCCGGGGAAUAAAUCCUGAAGCCUUUCUGAAGGAAAUAAAGUUCAUUGCCAGCGACCCUGAUGAGAAGCAUUUCUUCAAAGUGACAGAUGAGUCAGCGCUGAAGGACAUUGUGGACGCUCUGGGAGAAAGGAUUUUUUCUCUGGAAGGAACCAGUAAUCAGGGUCGAGGCUACAGUCUGCAGAUGGCUCAGGCUGGUUUCUCCUCACAUUUAGUCAAAGAUGGUGUUCUUCUGGGAGCAGUAGGUGCAUACGACUGGAAUGGUGCAGUGCUGAAAGAAACUAAACAUGGGAAGGUUGUUCCACCAAAAUCCUCCUACCAGGACGAGUUUCCAGAGGUGCUGAAGAACCAUGCAGCAUAUCUGGGUUACUCAGUGGGUUCAUUAAUUUCAUCCCGGGGUUCUCAGAUCUAUGUGGCUGGAGCUCCAAGGUUCAACCACACUGGCAAGGUGAUCGUCUUCACCCUGAAGAACACUGGAAACCUGACCAUCCUGCAGGCGCUGCUGGGAGAACAGAUCGGGUCAUAUUUUGGCAGCGAGUUGUUAUCGAUGGACGUAGACAGUGAUGGACAUACUGACUGCCUCCUAGUGGCGGCACCCAUGUAUUACAGUCAAGGCUGGGAGAAAGGGAAAGUUUAUAUCUACUCUGUUACACCACAGACGUCAUUUGUCCUGCAGGGAGUGCUGGAGUUGUCUGACUGCUCUCAAAACUCUCGUCUGGGUUCAGCAUUGGCCCAGAUUCCAGACAUGAAUGGAGAUGGCUUCCAGGAGCUUGUGGUGGGAGCCCCACUGGAAGAUGAUCACCAGGGGGCAGUCUACAUCUUUUAUGGGCAGGACAAAACCACCCAACCACAAUACAGACAGCGUCUGUCUGCAGCCAGUUUGUCUGCAGGUCUGCAGUAUUUUGGUCAAAGUCUUCAUGGCGUUCUAGAUAUAAAUGCAGAUGGGCUUGUCGACCUUGCUGUGGGAGCACUGGGAGCUGCUGUCAUCAUCUGGUCUCGUACUGUCGUACGGAUUCAGGCCAAAGUAACCUUUGAACCUCAGAAGGUCAACAUCUUUAACAAGGACUGUCAGCAAGGAGGGAAGGAGGUCACCUGCAUGUCUCUUACUGUUUGUCUGAGUCUGGACUCCAGGACAACGAUCAGGACAGAUAUCGCUGUUUGGUACAGUCUGGUGUUAGACGAGAAGCGUUUUCCUCCCCGGGCAGUCCUGGAUGAAUUAGACCGUCAACUACCCAGAAUUCUUUUUCUGCAGUCUGGAGGUCAAAAAUGCGAACGCCUUGGCUUCUCAGUCCAGGACACAGAUUAUGGACGUCCCAUUGUGGUUGUCCUGGAGACAGGGUUGCAGAGCCCAGAUGAGGGGCCAGUGUUGGACCCAGACUGGCCAAGCACCCUGAGAGCCGAGCUGCACUUCUGGAAUGGAUGUGAGCAGGAAGACGUGUGCGUUCCCGACCUCAUCCUCCACAGUCACACUGACCUCAAGAAUGUUCAGCAGUUCUGCAGCACGAGGGAAGGGGCUACAUGUUCAGUCUGCAGCCAUAAGGAGUCGCCUGGCGACCCAGUGUUCAUAGUGGAGUCCGGACGAAGAAGGGUGGUGGUGUUUGCUCGACUGGAGAACCAGGGAGAGAAUGCAUACAGAGCUGCCAUCCACAUCUCCACUUCCUCCAACCUGGUCUUCUCCAGCCUCUUAAUCAAGGAUCAAUCAGAUAUCCAGAUUGAGUGUUACUCCGAGGGGAGACUGGCCAGUCAGAGGAGCUGCAACAUUACCGCUCCAUUCAUGAAGUCAUUGGCACAGGUAACUUUCUGUCUGGAAUUUGAGUUCAGCCAUUCCAUCUUCCUGGAUCAUGUACAAGUUGUCAUGGUAACUACCAGUGAGGGAGACGAGGGAUACCCAGAUGAUAACAUCAAUGAUAUCUUCCUCCCUUUGAAAUAUGAGGCUGACCUCCUCUUCACAAGAGACCCUAACCUCCAUCGGUUUGAAAUCAAAGCAGACUCCUUGUGGUCAUCCUGGGAGCAACCAGACAGCAGCUCUCUUACCUUCAACCUGACUUAUAAUAUUCAGAACCUGGGCGUCUUCUCAGUGCGGGAUGUUCUGUUCAAGGCUGAAAUCUGGGCUGUGACUGGGAAGGGGAACCAGCUGGUGAACAUUACAGACUACAGCAUCGAGCAGGUACCUGGGUCCUACUGCACACUACCUCUCACCACAAGCAGUCCUGUUACACCUGAGGAUCUAUCUCACCUGUCACAGCUGAACCACAGUAAUAGUGUCAGCAUGGCAGUCCAGUGCAGACUAAGCCUGUUGACCUCCAGAGAAGUAAAGCUGACACUCAAAGGAAGACUUCAGCUUCCUGCUCUGCUUGCCGUAAGCUUCAGGUCUCUGGAGUUGCUGACUGCUGCCUCUAUCUAUUUGGAAGCGUCGAAUCCCAUGUUUCUCAAGGAGGACAGACCUGUCAGACAGAUAAUCCUGGAACUAAGGAAGGAGGAGGAUCAGUCCAUCCCCAUCUGGAUUAUACUGGGAAGCUCGCUAGGAGGCCUGUUGCUACUGGCCUUACUGGUACUGGCACUUUGGAAGAUCGGCUUCUUCAACAGACAAAGAAGGCAGAAAGAAGAGGAGCAGUCUGUAGCCACAAAGGAGGGAAGAGCUGUAGUGUGUGGGUGAUAUUAAUGUUGCAUUUGGUAGGUCCUCGUAAAAUUGGAAAGUAAUAACAUUAAAAAAAGCUAUCAGUAAUUAACUGGCCAGCUAUGUUUUACAGAUAUGACUCAAUUAACUUAGAGAGACCCUCUUAAGUAAUUGCGUCUACAGAUUUAGGCUACAUUCAUUUUGGAUUUAUUGCACAGACUGUUUUUGUUUGUCUAUUUACGUUAAUUUUUUAGAUGUGGCCAAUAUCAAUUACAGCUUGAACUGGUCAGUCCUGAACAGCCCCGCAUGCACAUUAGACUAACAACAUUACAUCGCAUCCAUCGUACUAACAUAUAGAAGUAAACAUGAAGGCUACAGAAGUCAGCAUUUACAGUUUGGUUUAGAAAGUUACACGCAGUAGAAGCCAGCAAUUUUGUGAGCAGAUGCUAUUGAUAAGAAGAAAAAGAGACAAUUAUUAAUUAUGGCUUUUUGAGCCAGGAGUGCAGGCAUCAUGACAUAAAUUGCUUCACAUUUCAUCCCAAAAUCCAACUUUUAACAACAUGUCUCAGCACCUCUCCACAAAACUCUCGCAGCAAGACACUCAGUUGACAUAAUGUAGCAUGAAUUCCAAUUCUAAGUGUUCAGGCUGUGUUGGCAUUGCAAAAUCUCUGACCAAAUGCUGGCUUAGUGUCACAGAUGGAAGGAACCUGGAUAAGAACUGAGAAGAUGGGCGCCCAGAUAGCUCAAUAGGUUGGGUGGGUGACCUAUGAACAGAGGCUAUAGUCCACGACGCAGAGGUCGUGGGUUCUGGUCCAGCCCAUGAACAUUUACUGCAGGUCCUUCCCCCACUCUAAUCCCCAUAUUUCCUGUUUCUCUCUCCACUGUCAACUAUCACAAAGGCUAAAAGAAAGUUCCUCUAUCCCCACAAAAAAUAAAUACUUUU